CUAGAAAAAUGUCUAGUGAUGUUGUACUUGUCCAAAACCCCAUAGAGGAAACUCGUCAUGAGGAAGUUUUUGAUCAUCAGGACCAACCCAAAAAACAGAAAAGCUCAUUUGAAAAGUUGCGCAGACACGAUUCCCUGGAUCUGGAAUCCGCCACGGUUCCGGGCCACCAUGACCGUGGCUCCCAGAGGUCGGUGAUCUUGCAACUAGCAUUCCAAAGCAUUGGUGUAGUAUAUGGAGAUAUCGGCACAUCGCCUCUCUACGUAUAUGCCGGUAUUUUCCCCAGUGGUAUAAAGAACAAAGAUGACAUAUUGGGAGUUCUUUCUUUGAUCUUCUACACCAUCACUCUCAUCCUUCUCAUCAAAUACGUCUUCAUCGUGUUACGAGCCAAUGAUAAUGGCGAAGGAGGAACAUUUGCUCUGUACUCGCUGAUAUGCCGUUAUGCAAAGGCGGGUUUGAUCCCGAGUCAACAAGCUGAGGAUUAUAAUGUAUCCAAAUUUAAGCUGGAAUUGCCUAGCAAUCGUCUUAAACGAGCAUCAAGACUCAAGUCCAUGUUAGAGAACAGCAAUUUUGCCAAAAUUUUCCUCUUGCUCGUCGCAAUGCUUGGUACUUCCAUGGUCAUUGGCGAUGGCAUCCUCACUCCUUGCAUAUCAGUUUUAUCAGCUGUGGGAGGCAUCAAGGAAAAGGCACCUUCUAUGACAGAAGGUAGGAUUGUUGGGAUAUCUGUAGCAAUCUUGGUUUGCCUCUUCAUGUUUCAGAGAUUUGGAACUGACAAAGUGGGCUAUAGCUUUGCCCCUAUACUUUGCAUUUGGUUCGCAUUCAUUGGUGGAAUUGGCAUUUACAACUUGUUUAAAUUUGAUCCAACAGUGGUUAAGGCCAUAAAUCCUAAGUACAUUAUAGAUUACUUUAAGAGAAACAAAAAGGAUGCAUGGGUUUCGCUUGGAGGUGUCGUUCUUGCCAUAACAGGAGCGGAAGCAUUGUUUGCUGACGUUGGCCAUUUCACGGUUCGUUCAAUACAAAUAAGCACGUGCACCGUGACUUAUCCGGCUAUAAUGCUAGCAUACAUUGGACAAGCUUCUUUCCUUCGUAAACACGAAGAUUUAGUUCCCGAUGCCUUCUACAAAUCGGUACCAGGUCCCUUGUUUUGGCCAAUGUUUGUGGUGGCCGUGGCUGCUGCAAUUAUAGCAAGUCAGGCAAUGAUUUCAGGUUCUUUCUCUAUAAUCCAUCAAUCACUUUCCCUAGGGUGUUUCCCUCGAGUGAAAGUUGUCCAUACUUCCACCAAAUAUGAAGGGCAAGUUUACAUUCCUGAGGUUAAUUACCUGCUGAUGUUGGCUUGCAUUGGGGUUACUGCUGGUUUCAAGACCAGUAACAAUAUCGGCAAUGCAUAUGGGAUUGCGGUGAUAUUUGUAAUGAGUCUGACAUCAUCUUUGUUGGUUGUCGUCAUGAUAAUGAUAUGGAAAACCAACAUCCUUUUCGUAAUUGCCUACGUCCUUACCAUCGGUUCCGUGGAGCUAAUCUAUUUGAGUUCAGUUCUGUACAAAAUUGAUCAGGGAGGAUACUUGCCAUUGGCCUUUGCUGCAGUUUUAAUGAUUGUGAUGUAUAUUUGGAACAAUGUUUAUCGGAGAAAAUACUAUUAUGAGGUUGAUCAUAAGAUUUCUUCUGAAAAGUUGAAGAACACAAAUUUCACUAGAAUUCCUGGACUUGCCAUGUUUUACUCAGAGCUUGUACAAGGUAUCCCACCUAUCUUCGGGCAUUAUUUGGAAAAUGUAUCAGCAUUGCACUCGGUCCUUGUUUUCAUCUCCAUCAAAUCACUCCCAAUUAGCAGGGUUCCAAUUGAAGAAAGAUUUCUUUUUCGAAGAGUUGAACCAAGAGAGCUCAAUGUCUUCCGUUGCGUAGUUAGAUAUGGGUAUACGGAUGUGCACAAUGAGCGAGACAGUUUUGAGAAGACUUUUCUAGAAAGAUUGAAAGAGUUUAUCAAAAAAGACACUUGGUUAACUCAAAUGCAAGCUCAAAAGGGGGCAACAACUGAAAAGGAUACCGAACUGGAAGAUGGAUUUGAACAUGAUCAUAAUGCGAAACAAGAUGGAGAAGGUGAGCAAGAAGAGGUAGUGCGUAAAGAAAUUGAAUUAGUGGAGCAAGCAUGUCAAGCUGGUGUUGUCCACUUGGUAGGUGAGACUGAUGUGAUUGCAGGCAAAGGAGCUGGUGUUGGAAAGAAGUUUUUGAUAGAUUAUGCUUACAAUUUUAUGAAGAAAAAUUUGAGGCAAACCGAUAAAGUGUUUGAAAUUCCUCACAACCGAUUGCUUAAAGUUGGCAUGACUUAUGAGCUUUAG